AUGCCGGCCGUGUUGGCGACGAUGCGCCGGAAACAAAUAAAACCGACAUCCACGACCGCCCCCAUUUCAUACUCUGCUUCUUCCUCCUCGUCAUCCUCGUUCUAUCCGUCCUCGCUGAGCAGCAGUUCAUACUCCGACAGCUUCUCCUCAGGCUUGCGCUCUCGUUCGUCGCCAUACCGGCCGCGGGACCAUCUCGAGCGUCUGAUCCUCAAGCACGGCUACCCCACUCCGGUCUCCCUGUCCUCCCUGCGGGAUUUGACGAGCACCUCCUCCACAUAUAGCCCGCCCACGCCUCCGAGACGCUCUCGUCGCCCGGAUCCAAAUCCGAUCGACGCUUUCGAGUCGCUCUCCCUCUCCUCAUCGACCCGUCCCAUCCCCAUCCCCAGGCGCCGCCACGGCCUGGACGACAACCACGAUCUCCCUGUGACUCCGCUCACUGGGCGCUUCGAGCACGACGACUACCUCGAAGACUGGGAGCGUGCCUCGCUAUCCGCUAAAUCUAGGCACCUCCGCUCGCCCCGGUCGACCCGUCUCAGCCGCUAUCAUCCAAGCAUGCGCUCCGAUAACUCACCUUUCUGCUCGCCAGUUGGUUCACCCACCAUGUCUCCGCGCUGCCCCAGCUCCCCGCAGCCUUCGCAUUCGCGCACCCAAAAUCCAGCCAAGUCCAUGCCGGGCUUCCACCUCGGCACCCUGCCACGCUUCCACCCGGCCGUCUACCAGUCCAGCACCGGCGGGCCCACGGUGGCGGGCCAGCCGCCGUCUCCGCGGCAGUCCCGGCAACACAACUACCGCACGUCGUCGGGGUCGCGCGACAUGAAAUGGCAGUACCGGGACCUGCGCGAUAGCGUCACGCAAAGCCCGUCGGCUCCGCGCCUGGAUCCUCUGCGCAGUCCGGGCCCCGUCACACCGCUGGCCCUAGAAUCCGGUGACUACCUGGCUGUCGGCUCCGCCGGCAAGGCCAGCCACCACACCUCUCGUGACGGCGCAGGACUCUACUCGGGCCCAUCGCCCGACUUGAUUGAGAAACUCAUUGCACGCGAGAAUGAGAAGGCUCGGCAGAAGAAUCGCAAAUCCGCCAAGGGUCGAUGA